CUCUUCUCCACGAGAUUGUUAUUGUGCUUUUUUGCUCUCUCUCUCUCUGCGAAUAAUGCCUGCGGGCUUCAUUCCCCACAAUGCUAACUGCUUGCGCUGCAUCUCCCUCGCGCCACAUUACCACCUGCCCUCACUCUUGUACCUGCUGCUAGUCCACCGUAGUCAAGAGGGAAACAAUUAAGAGACAUGCUAACGGAAGAGGGGGAAGAUCCUCUGUGGGAGUCUCCCACAACUUGUGUUGGUAUCCGUUUUCGAGAGCGAGUUCUCUGUGAGUGUGUGCGUCGUCUUGGUGACCAGAGUGUUGGGCAAGUAAGUGGCGAAAGUUGCGAAAUUUCUGUGUGUUCUCCUAGGGUUUUCGUACUCCUCCGUCACUUCCAUCGCCAAUCAAGUCACUAAAUUGUUGAAUACGUUGUUGUUUUGUAGAAUUUGGGAAGAGUAAGGUUGGUGACAUUGUUGGGUUGUAGUGGGUGGGUCCGAUUCGUGUCGGAGAUGAGAGAUGCUGGGAAGAGUAGAGAGGAGUGGAGGAGAUGGUUUCACUUGUGUUUUUUUUUGCUUUUUAUUUAUUUGUUAAUUUUUUUGAAUAGGUUUUCUGGGCUCUUUUGUGGUGUGGUGCGUUUUGGGCUUGAGGUUUGACGUUUAUUUGAUGGCUGCCCUUCAGUGAGCGAUUCGAGUUUAUUGGUGAACUUGAUCCUCUUCGAUUGCGAAGGAACUGUUGUGAGGAGCUCAUUUUCAGUGUCUAUUGGGCGUAAGAUCUGGAUAAGAUCUUGACAAAUUAUACAAGAGUUUCCAGCUUUACUGUCAUCUUUGCGUGUUUGUCUUCUGUUUCUUCUAGUAGAUUUUUUGUCAAUUCUGUGUUCCACACCAUUUUAAACCAGACGAGACAUAUUUUAGUAGAUGUCGCAAACUAUAGUAGAUGUCGCAAACUAGGGCAGUUGCGAUGCCUGAUCCGUCGCAUCUGCUGAUGUUAUCAUCUGCACGGACAAGGUCCGCGCAUUGAGAGAGAGAGAGAGAGAGAGAGAGCACUUUCGAGGAAUUCUCGUAAUAUUCUUUGGCUUCACUUGAAAGUAGUUUGAGCCCUUAAGUACUAUGACUUCUGAAGAACGCGUUAGUAUCGGAGUUACGUUCUCUUUGCUGUGAGGUGCGAUAGACAGUCAUCUGAUGUUUAGGCAUGCUGUACUUGAGAGACGUGUUUGCAGUGAGAGUGAGGAAUUUCAGUAUUGGGAGCUAUCAAGAUUUUUGGACACUGUGGAUAUCACGCUGAUAGUGCUUCCAAGUCUAAAGCUGUACUUGAUUACCAAUUUACUCAGUUUUGGUUCUGUCUGUGUGUAGUCUCAGGUACAGUCCACUACUGAUGGGUUACACUGGGUUGGGCGUUUGAUGGAUAGUCGACUUUUCGCGGAAAACUUGUGUGGGUGAUAGCUCCUGAUAUGUGAUGUGUUGGCAGGUUCAGAAAAGUACUCGUUGAUAGCUUCGUUAGAGGUCGAUCACAGGCUGGCAGAUUCAAUUGAACGCGCAGUAACUAUGGACAAGGGAGUCUGCAAAUUCGUAUGCUAAGAGUCCGGGGACAUAUAGAAUCAGUUCAACUUGUUGGCUCUUUCUCGCUUCAAUGGCUGGGGAAGCUUUAACUUCCUCUACGGCUCAAGGGUUCUGGGGUCCCAUUACUGCAAGCACAGAAUGGUGUGAGAAGAAUUAUGAGGUUACACCGCUGGUUGCCGAAUUUUACAAUACCAUUUCCAAUAUCCCGGGUAUCGUUCUUGCAUUCAUAGGUGUAUAUUAUUCCAUCAGCCAAAAAUUUGAAAGGCGGUUCAGUGCUCUUCACUUAUCAACAAUCGCUUUGGGUAUGGGUAGCAUUCUGUUCCAUGCCACCCUCAGAUAUGCUCAACAGCAGUGUGAUGAGACGCCUAUGGUUUGGGCAAUGCUCCUGUACAUUUAUGUACUUUAUUCUCCCGAUUGGCACUACCGCAGCACAAUGCCCACAGUCCUGUUCCUGUACGGAACUAUAUUUGCCAUUCUGCAUUCGCAAUUUAGAUUUGUUGCUGGAUUCCAAGUGCAUUACGUCUUUUUGGCGUUGCUUUGUCUCCCGAGGAUGUACAAGUAUUACAUGUACACAAAGGAUCCGCUGGUGAGAAAGUUAGCUCAUCGGUAUGUUCUGUGCCUUGCACUUGGAGCUAUAUGUUGGUUGGCUGAUCGGCACUUGUGUAGUUGGAUAUGUAAGUUGAAGGUGAAUCCUCAAGGCCAUGGUUUGUGGCAUGUUCUUGUGGGUUUCAAUUCAUAUUUUGGAAAUACGUUCCUACAGUACUGCCGAGCACAGCAACUCAACUGGAACCCGAGGAUUGAAUACUCGUUGGGAGUUUUACCCUAUGUGAAGGUUGAGAGAAGUGACAACGAUCGGAAGGAGGAAUAGGAAUGCUCACGAGCACCCUGAGUUCAAAUGACGUUUUCUGCAUGCUCUCUGGAGCUUUCUUGAGGUGCUUGGUUGCUGAGAAGAUACAAAGAUUGUAUCCUUGAUGUAUGAAAGCCAACCACUGUAAUGUAUUAUUGGUUAUACCUCAUACUUGAAGGCUGAGAUACAUCUUGUACGCACGGUAAACAUAUUUUAAUGUUUAUCUUAUCGAUUGAA